AUGGGCGCGAGCAUGUCGUCUGCAGAGUACAGAGCGGUGCAGCUCGUUCCGCAGUCCAACUUUGUCGCGAUUGACCGCAAAUUCACAGCCCCCCGCGUCGUGACGCUGGACAUGAAGGGCCAGAUCUGGACGUGGUCGGGGCAGGACUUUCUCAUCCGCGACGCUGACACUGGCGACGUCUACUUUCGCAUCGAUGCCAAGGCCUUCUCGCUCCGCGAGCGCAAAAUCCUGCGGGACUACCGCGGCAACGUAAUCGCUGUGACCAAGGAAGACCUCUUCUCGUUCAUGCUCACGCAGCGCGUCUUCUCGAGCGAGGCGACCGACCAUGAGAUCCUCGCCAUCAAGACGCGUCUCAAGAUGGGGUUUCCCGAGCUCGAGUGCAGCGUGCGAAAUCUCUCGACAGGUCGCGUGCAUGAGCUGCGCUGCAAGGGCGACUGGACGUCGCGCCGCGCCAUCAUCUCGAUCGACAACGGGGUUGUCAUCGCCAAGCUGCGCCAACCGCUCGAGCUUGGUGGCGCGCGGUACUUUGUGGACGUCGCGCCAGGCGUCGACAUUGCACUUGUAACGCUGGUGUGCAUCGCAAUGGACGAAGACGAGCGCCACCGCCGCAACUAG